AUGAGUCAGGAUGAGAAACAUGAUUCCUUCGAUGAUUUUAUAGAUAAUGAUGAAGAAAAGAAAGAUCAGGAGGAUAAAAUCGAGAAGGAAGGUGAAAAUAACGAGGAUGAUGAAAAUCCUUUACAAAUUAAUAUUAUCAAAAAAACUUUAGACCCUGAUGGCGAUGGGGAUGUUGAUGUACACGUUGAAGAUGAUACACAACCGAUUGAAUCACCUCCGCCGGCCGAAAAUCAAAAUAUUACAAAUAACGAAGAAGAAGAAAAGAAUGAGGAUAUACAUGUAGAAGAUGACCAAGAUGAAGUACAACUUAAAGAGGAGGAAUCCCAAACAAAUCCAAAGGAAUCUCCGAAGGAAAAACCAACGGUAACAAUUUCCAAACAACCGUUGGACCCUCUUCCUCUUGAUUCAAACGAAUCUUCAGCAAACGAAAAUGGAGAGCAGAAUGAAAACAAAAUUUCAGAAGAUGAUAUACAAGCAGCCGUUGAUUUAAUUAUUGAUGGCGCCAAUCCAGAGGAUUUCGACCAAGAGGUUCUAAAUGAAGUAGUUAAAAGAUUGACAAGCUUACGUAUCGAUGCAAAAAAUAAUAAACGCUAUCAAGAUGCAGAAAAUUACCGCCAAUUAAUUGCAAAUUGCAAUAAAGCUGCUGAUAUUGCCGGCUUUUCAAAACAAUGUGUCAAUACAUUCCAAGAUUACGCAAAUAAAGAAGCUGAUGCAUUAACUGCUCUUGAAGAACUAGAUCAAAAAUGGAAUGAAGAAUUUCGUCAGUUUGAAGAAGUAAUCGAAGAGAAGAAGAAUCAACUUAAACAACAACAUACGAAAGAACUCGAAGACUUUGAUAAUAAUCUUCCAGAAACUCUCCCAGGUAAAUAUCAUAAACAUAGCGUAGAAUAUAUUCUUCUUAGAAAGAAAGAAGCAUCACUCGCUCGUAACCAACAAUACAAAGAAGCUCAAAAAGUAAAAAGAACUGCCGACAGGCUUGAAAAAUUAGAAGACGCUGCUCAAUUAGAAAAAUUACAAGAAGAUCUUCAAUUCCAACGCGAAAAUAUAAUCCUUAAGCAUAACAGACAGAUUGAACUCUUUGCUCAAUGGGUUACAGAACGAAGAAAUCAAAUGUUAAUUCAUCGUGACAAGGAUAUGCAAGGGAGGGUUAAACGUCUUGAGCAUUAUCGAAUGCUUGUUACUAACCUUGAAAAGAAAGGCCUCCCACCAAAUCCAACUUACGGAUAUACAACAAACAGAGUCAGCCGUAAAGAAUCAAUAAUGGCUGUUAGAACUGCUGCUUCAACACCAAUUGAUAGAAGCACGAUGAAGUCAAAAAGAGAAGAUUUACCUCUUCAAUACAGACCACAAAGUUCAUUAUCACUGUCUCGAGGCUCAUCAAAGUUAUCAACUCGGAAAUCACCAGUUAUAACUCCAAAGCGAAAUAACCACUAA